AUGUCGUCUUUAGAUAGAGUUGAUAAACUUGCCAGAUAUAUCUUUUCAUAUUCUUUUGGAGUCUUCUGGAGUAUUGUCUGCGUAGGUAUUCCUAUCCUAAUAGAAAAGUUUAUUAAACGUAAAGAAGUUUUUGUCAAAAAGGACAGAAGUAAUUAUGAAUCAAGGUUAUACACGGAAUGUUCAGAUUUUGGACAACAUAAAACAUUAGAGGUAGAAGGGAAAUCUUUUCAUUACUUUGAGUCUGGAGAUGUAUCAAAGCCUUUAAUUUUGUUUUUGCAUGUUUUGGUAUUCGUGGCGGUUUCAACUCCGAGCACUUCGAGAUAUGGGGUAUCAUUUAGUGGCCUUGGAUAUGGUGCCGGCGGAAGUUUUAAACCACGUGAAGUGCAUAAUUAUAACGCGAAUUUAUUGUUGGCCGAUAUACGUGAAAUCAUACAAAAAUUAACUCAAAAUGGACGUGCGGAAUGUUUGGCCGCAGCACAAAGUUGGGAAUGGGAUCAAUAUCAGGACCAUUCAGGAUACAUCGACCGACUAAUAAUACUAAAUGGUCCACAUACGGGCGUAGUUGCCCUAAAUGUUUAUUCACGAUUUAACGACGUCUUUCAUUAUCGCAAUUUAAAAUCUUUAAUAAGCAAUCCUAUAUCAACUAUUACAAAUUCUUGGAAAUCACUUCAACCUUGCUUUGAUCAAGCGCUUAAAUCAUUUUAUGUAGGUAUAUUCAUGAUGCCAAGUCCAAUCGGAGAAACCUGGUUUUCUAUAAAAGAUUUUGAAAUAUAUGAAAAAAUUUUAAAAACUCUUCCAAGUGAAACAAUGACUGAAGAGGAUAUUAACCUUCAUAAGGCAGUUUUUUGCGCGAAUGAUCUUGCUUGUCUUACGGGCGGUUUGAAUUACUAUAGGAGCAAUGCUGCGAGAGGAUUUUUUGAAGAUCAAAAAAGACGCGGGAUUAAGCAACCCGGUUUUAUUGGAAUCCCUACUUUGGUUAUUUGGGGAGAUCAGGAUAGGUAUCUAAAUAAAGACUUAUGUACACUCAAUCUGGAAAAGUUGGUAUCAAAUCUAAAAAUUGUACAUAUUCCCGAGGCUCAACAUUUUGUUCAAGAAGAAUGUCCUGAUAAAACUAAUGAUAUAAUGAGGAGGUUUAUAACGAGUCAAGGAAAUCUCCAUGAUCUUGAUGAAAAUAAAGUCAUAGAUUAA